UGGAGUCUCUCGUCAAUGGCCAGUCCAUAUUUAUUACGUCACUGAUUAUGAAUGACAAGUUUCAAGGAAAAAUAACAUAUACUCUAUAAGUAACUAUUUUUCAUAAUAUUAACUUAUUGGUUUCAAAGAAAACUUCAUUUACGAGGGCUAUCUAGUACGGAUGUUAUUAUUCAUAUAGGUAGUUUUGAAAUAACAUGAUAUUUGAGGUGAAAAAUGCACAUAGGUUAUGGAACAAUCUCAAGAUUAUCAAAGGAUUGAACAAUUUACCUUCAAAAACAUUAUACCAAAAUCAGAAACGCAUGUACACCAGACCAGCACUGGUUCAACUACAACCAACAGUAGGAGCUCACAAACAAAGUGUUUUUCAAGAAUUUUACCAUUGUCGCAAUUCAUCAACAGAAUCGAAAUAUUCACAGGCAGCUAAUACCCCGAAACAAGAACAGAAUGAGCAGAAAGUAAUUGUUACAGAUAAAUCAACACUUGCUGAAAAGCUUAAGAAAGCCGUGAAAGAAUAUGGAUCGACUGUCAUAGUAUUCCAUGUAGGGAUAUCUCUUUUAUCUUUGGGUACUUGUUACUUAUUAGUAUCUGCGGGUUUAGAUGUGGCAGCCAUCUUUAAGGCUGUAGGCCUAGAAGACUGGACAUCCAAUAAUCAAUUAGCUGCUAGUGCAGGAACAUUUGCAGUGGCUUAUGCUGUUCACAAAGUUUUUGCACCAGCAAGGAUCGCAAUUACCUUGGGAUCUGUACCUUUCAUUGUUAGGUAUCUGAGAAAGAUUGGGUUUUUAAAAAAAUAGGUUAACAUGGGAUUAUUGUGAUAUAUUUUUU